AUGACAAUUAAUCGUUCUUGGCUUGAUGGUGUUUGGCAUGGUUGGGGUCAUACGAGUUUUACAUGGCCUAUUCAAUUAACAGUAGAUUCAAGAACAAAUUCAUAUAUUCUUGAUUAUGUUGGUCUUGGUGGUAAAAGUCGAUUAGAACGAUUGGAAGAAUUAGAUCAAGAAGUAUAUUUUCGUGAACAUUUGAUUGAAGGUGAAAAUUUUUCUGAUCAAGAUCUAUUUAUUAUUUAUAAAAUUGAUGAAAAUCGACUUGAAUUUAUAGCAUUUGAUGAUAAAAAUUUGUCGAUAUCAACUAAUAAUGUUAUUGGUACCGGUAUUAUGCCGGCUAUUUCAUAUUUAACAUCAAUGGAUAAAUAUGCAAUAAUGUGCAUAUUUCAUCUUGUUAUUCUUUGCAUAUGGCAUGCAAUACUCGGUAGUCUCAUAUAUCUAUUAAUACCUGAUUUACGUGUAACAAAUGAUAUGUGGCUUGCAUAUAUAGAUCAAUGGGUUUUUAUGAUUGCAAUUAAUAUUUUUGUUAUUAUUCAUAUUAUACUCUUGAUAUGGCUUUAUUUAGUUCCACUGAAACAUCGUCGAGAAAUGGCAAAAAAAGAUCUUGAAUAUCAACAAUCAAUGUCCAAAGAAAAGAAAAUCUUGAAUUAUACACUUUUAUCUAUAUGA